AUGGUGCUUUCGUUUAUCCUCGUUCAGAAUCGCCAGGGCAAAACGCGCCUGGCGAAGUGGUAUGCUCCGUACAGUGAUGAAGAAAAAGUGAAACUCAAGGGCGAGGUCCACCGUCUUGUCGCACCUCGAGAUCAGAAAUACCAGUCAAACUUUGUGGAAUUCCGUCGCAGUACAAAGGUCGUCUACCGACGAUACGCGGGUCUCUUCUUCUGCGUCUGUGUGGACGCCAACGACAACGAACUGGCAUACCUAGAGGCUAUCCACUUUUUCGUCGAGGUGUUGGACCAAUUCUUCGGGAAUGUGUGUGAAUUGGAUCUAGUGUUCAAUUUUUACAAGGUCUACGCUAUCCUCGACGAAGUCUUUCUCGCCGGCGAGAUUGAAGAGACGAGUAAACAGGUUGUGCUCACACGACUUGAGCACUUGGAUAAAUUGGAAUAA